UCAUUUGUUUUCUUCUGUUUUUGUUUUAAUUUUUUAUAAGAAAAUUAGUUUUAUUUUGAUUUCGUUUUAUUCGGACAAAUUGUGAUUCCUUUUCUUAAUCGUUUAUCUGGUGUUUCGUUUUAGUUCGUUUGUUGUGUCAGUGUUCGGAUGGUUUUUAGUCGUUUGAUGUUCUGUUUAUACUGAGAAGAUAUUUGGUUGUAACAUGGGGAAUAGGAAGAGACGAAGCGACCAAAUUGAUCGGGAACUUCAGGGCGAACCUGACGCGAUCUCCGAUGGACCUUUUACCAAAGGAGCCAUAAUUAGGGUGAAGCUUCGAAAUUUCAUGACUUACAAGCGAGUCGAACUACAUGCUGGACCUUAUCUUAAUAUGGUCUUGGGACCCAAUGGAACUGGUAAAUCUGCUCUUGUUUGUGCCAUGAUUGUUGGCCUCGGUGGUGAUCCAUCGGCUACUGGAAGGUCUGGUUCACUUUCAGAAUAUAUAAGAUUUGGUUGUCCUCAUGCAACAACAGAGAUUGAAUUGUUUAAUCCAAAUGGUGAUAAUCAUAUUAUCAAGAGGAAACUUAUCUCUCUUGUGGCUGAUGGUCAUUGUAAAACUGAAUGGACACUAAACAAUGUUCCUAAAAAAGGAGCUGAGAUAAAAGAGCUGAUUUCUAGUCUGAAUAUACGAGUUAGUAACUUGUGUCAAUUUUUACCUCAAGAAAAGGUUGUUGAAUUUGCUCGAAUGGAUUCUGUCCAGUUAUUGGAAAAUACCCAAAAAGCUGCCGGUGAUGAGAACAUGUUUAUAUGGCAUGAGAAAUUAAUCUUUUGUAGUAAAAAAAUUAACGAUUUGAAGAAGAAAAAAUCAAGUCUCGAUCAACAAUUGGUUACAGAUCAACAUUUAACUGAUCGGAUGGUUGAACAAGUUGAAAGGGUUCGAGAAAAGGAACAGUUCAAGGAAAAAAUGUCCUGGCUAAGGAAAAAGUUACCAUGGCUUGAAUUUGAAGAAGUGCGACAAGAAUAUGUCAAGGCUAAAACAGUUUUAGAAAAGAAAUUGAAAGAAUUUGACAAAAAUAAAUCCAAAAAUAAGCCACUUGAAGACAAAGUGGCCAACGAAAAGAAAACCAUGGAAAAAGCCUCAGCUGAUACCAAAAGUGCUCUCAACGAACUUAAAUCAGUCACUGCUACCGCCGCUCUCCAUAAGAAAGAGUAUGACAAGUUGAGUGAUAAAAUUGCCGAGGCUUUAGCCGCUCUAGACGGAAAGAAAAAGGCCGAAGAAUCUCGAUUAGUUGAACUGUCCAAAUUAAAUUCGGAAAAAAAGUUACUUCAAGAAAGAUUAGCAGCCGCAUCGGAUGAAGAUGUUAGUGAGAAUAUAAAAACAAUCGACUCGGAAAUAAGCACCAAAAAUUCUUUGUUAAAACAGUUAACUACUCAAAAAGAUCAGAUCGUAUCUGAUAUUGAGAAAUUACGAGACCAGUAUCGUCAACUUAAAGGUGAAUUCGAGCAAAUUCACAAUGUGGCCUCCAGAAGACGAGAUUUACUCCGAAGGAUUGAACCGAAAGUCGCUGAAGCUUCAGAUUGGUUACGGCGAAAUAAGGAAAAGUUCAGUCGAAUGAUUUAUGAGCCCAUAAUGACACAAAUUAAUGUGAAAAAUGCUGAAUGGAUUCGAUAUGUUGAAGCAACGAUUCCAAGGAGAGAUUUAGUUGCAUUUGUUUGUGAAGAUAUCGAUGAUCUCAAGAAAUUUACUACUCUAUUGAAAAGAGAAAGUCUCAAUGUAAAUGUUGUCCAAGCUCCAGGUCAAGAUGAUGUCAAUAUGGAUCCUCGACUGUCUCUUGAUAACAUAUCUCCCUAUGGAUUCAAACAUUACAUUAAAGAUCUAUUUGAUGCUCCCCCUCCAAUCACAAGGUACCUUUGUAAAAAUUAUAAUCUUCAAAACGUUCCAAUUGGAGGAAAUGAUGUUGACUCAAAGCGAUUCCUUAAAGAAAAUAAUCAAAUUCAACGAUUCUUUUGUGGUAACACUUCACACUCUUGGACUGUUUCCCGUUACGAUAGAGAAAAGGUAAUCUCCACCGAUCGCCUCAAGGAUCCAAGUUUACUUGUUAUGAUUAUUGACUCUGUUCGUAAAGAUCAAAUUGAGUCAAAGAUCAAUAAUAUUCGGACAUCAGGUCAAAAACUUGAUUCUGAGAGAUUGGCUCUCGAUGAGAAAAUUACUGACCUUCGUCGGGAACUUGUUACACUUCGUGAUACCAGAAAGCAACUACUCGAGAAAAGAGACGAGAAACGGGCCAUUCAAACUCGAAUCCAGCAGAAAAGUGAACAAAUAGAACGUAAAAUGAAAGAUUCAAUCAAUUUAGAAGUCGAAAAAAGUGAAACUAAAACAAUCAUUGAAUCUCUUGUGAUCAAGAAGAUCGAGAAAUUGGAACUAUUUGAAAGAGCACUCGAAAAGUGCGUUACCAUUAAUACGAAAAAACUUGCUUCUGAUGUGAUGGCCAAUUGUUCACAAAAACGAUUUGCAAGAGCUAAAGAAAACCUUGACAAAGCAAAUGUUGCGUUUGAAACUUUCGCUACAGAAAUUGAAGAGCUUAAAAUGGUUCGUGAUGAGAAGAAAAAGAUCGCCAAAGAGAGACAAAAAGAGGCUCAAAUAGCCGUUGAUUGUCAAGGUCAAGAAUUGCCAACAACUGUCAAAGAAAAGUUCAAACCACUUCCAGAUACUAUUGUUGAAAUCAACGCUGAGAUGAGACGACUCGCCUUACAAAUGAACAGCAUGGAAGAGUUUUGUGAUGACACCGUUCUAAAUGAUUACAAUGAGCAGAAAAACGCAGUCAAAAAACGGAAAAAAGAAAUAGAUUUGGUAUCAGCUGAUCUAAAGUUAAUGGAAAGUGAUCUUGAAAAUUAUCGAAAUCGAUGGAAACCCGCAGUCGAAGCUCUUAUUUCUCGAAUUGAUAAAAAUUUCUCAAAAUUCAUGUCUCGUCUCGAGUAUGCUGGUGAAGUCUCUCUUUCUCAUGGUGAUGAUGUGGACGAUUUCUCUACAUAUGGAAUUUGUAUUAAAGUUCGUUAUCGUGACAAUGAGGUACUUAAGGAAUUGUCUGCUUUCCAUCAGAGUGGAGGUGAACGAAGUGUGGCCACGAUGAUUUAUAUGAUUGCUUUACAAGAACUGACCAAAGUGCCUUUCCGAAUUGUCGAUGAAAUCAAUCAAGGUAUGGAUGAUACCAAUGAACGACGAGUAUUUGACCUGAUCGUGGAAACUGCGAGUACAAAUUCAUCACAAUAUUUCCUAUUCUCACCAAAGUUACUCCAAAAAUUGACUUACACCAAUCGAAUGCAUAUUCACAUUAUUUUCAAUGGACCAAAGUUCGAAGUUGAUUGGCAUAAAUGUAAAUCAGUGAAAAAGAUUAAACGGCCAACAACCCAAUUAGUAGUCAGACCAACCAUCUAAUCAAUAAUAGAGAAAUAAAUAGAAUAUUUAAUCACAGUUAUCAAUCAAGACUAUUUUUCUCAUGCAAAAGAUAUAAAAAAGACUCACAAUUACUUGAAUCUUUGCGACAGUGAACUCAAAGAAACUGAAUCAGUAAUAAACUAUCGUGGCCAUAAACAAAAUUUCAUCUGUAACAAUAAUCUUCGUUAAUUUUGUACUUUCCUAUUUUUUAGAAACAUGUAUCCAGAUAAUAAAAAUAAUAUUGAUUUCUUUUCAAUGUUUAUUAUUAAUAGAUAAA